AUACCUCGGGGACGGGUAGGAACGCAGAUUGACAGGGACGCAGAGGCCUGAGCGAGGCGGAAAAACCUCACCCGGGCUAGGGGGUAGACCCAAACGGCUAGUGCGUCACUUCCGCUGGGGGCGGGGCGGGGUUGAGUGGGUGGUGACCCAGCUGCUGCGCUACUGUUUGUGUUGGAAGCUCAGCCGAUGCAGGCCGGUAGGAGUGGACGUCAAUGCGGGGAACGAGUGAGUCGCCGCUGCAGCCCUUGUGACUGCGGCCUGCAUCCCGGUAAGACCAUGAAUUGGCAUUUCUUAAAUGAAGCACUCAAGAAGUGAGAGAAUGUCAUAGAAAACAAAUGAUUUUUAAGUUAUGUCUAUUAAUCUGACUGUAGAUAUAUAUAUUUACCUCCUUAGUAAUGCAAGAAGUGUUUGUGGGAAGCAGAGAAGCAAGCAACUACAUUUCUUGUUCUCACCUAAGCAUUGCUGGAGGAUAAGCCACAUCAGUCUACAAAGAGGUUUUCAGACAAACAUAAUAAGAUGUAAAUGGACCAAAAGUGAAGCACAUUCUUGCAGUAAGCACUGUUACUCUCCAAGCAACCAUGGUUUACAUAUUGGAAUUUUGAAACUUAGCACUUCUGCUCCCAAGGGACUUACAAAAGUGAACAUUUGUAUGUCCCGUAUUAAAAGUACUUUGAACUCUGUUUCAAAGGCUAUUUUUGGCAAUCGAAAUGAAAUGAUUGCACGUUUAGCUCAAUUUAAGCCAAGUUCCCAAAUAUUAAGAAAAGUAUCAGAUAGUGGCUGGUUAGAACAGAAAAACAUUAAACAAGCCAUCAAAUCUCUGAAAAAAUAUAGUGACAAAUCAGCAGAAAAGAGUGCUUUUCCAGAAGACAAAAGUCACAUUAUAGACAAAGAAGAAAAUAGAGGUAAACGCAGUCUUUUUCAUUACACAAAUAUUAUAACCACAAAAUUUGGAGAGUCAUUCUACUUUUUAUCAAAUCAUAUUAACUCAUACUUCAAACAUAAGGAAAAAAUGUCUCAAGAAAAGGAAAAUGAACAUUUCCAGGACAAAUCAAAACUUGAAGAUAAAAAGGUAGAAGAAGGGAAAUUAAGUUCUCCAGAUCCUAGCAUCCUGGCUUACAAGCCAGGCUCAGAAUCUUUAGAUACUGUGGACAAGCCUACAAGUCCUUCUACAAUACCUGAUGUUCUUCCAAUUUCAACUAAACAAAGUAUUGCUAACUUACUUUCUCGUCCCACGGAAGGUGUACAAGCUUUAGUAGGUGGUUAUAUUGGUGGACUUGUCCCCAAAUUAAAGUAUGAUUCUAAGAGUCAGUCAGAAGAACAGGAAGAGCCUGCUAAAACUGAUCAGGCUGUGAGCAGAGACAGAAAUGCAGAGGAGAAAAAGCGUUUAUCUCUUCAGCGAGAAAAGAUUAUCGCAAGGGUGAGUAUUGAUAACAGGACCCGGGCAUUAGUUCAGGCAUUAAGAAGAACAACUGACCCAAAACUCUGCAUUACUAGGGUUGAAGAACUGACUUUUCAUCUUCUAGAAUUUCCUGAAGGAAAAGGAGUGGCUGUCAAGGAAAGAAUUAUUCCAUAUUUAUUACGACUGAGACAAACUAAGGAUGAAACUCUUCAGGCUGCAGUUAGAGAAAUUUUGGCCCUAAUUGGCUACGUGGAUCCAGUGAAAGGGAGAGGAAUCCGAAUUCUCUCAAUUGAUGGUGGAGGAACAAGGGGCGUGGUUGCUCUCCAGACCCUACGAAAAUUAGUUGAACUUACUCAGAAGCCAGUUCAUCAGCUCUUUGAUUACAUUUGUGGUGUAAGCACAGGUGCCAUAUUAGCUUUCAUGUUGGGGUUGUUUCAUAUGCCCUUGGAUGAAUGUGAGGAACUUUAUCGAAAAUUAGGAUCAGAUGUAUUUUCACAAAAUGUCAUUGUUGGAACAGUCAAAAUGAGUUGGAGCCAUGCAUUUUAUGACAGUCAAACAUGGGAAAACAUUCUUAGGGAUAGAAUGGGAUCUGCACUGAUGAUUGAAACAGCAAGAAACCCCACAUGUCCCAAGGUAGCUGCUGUAAGUACCAUAGUAAAUAGAGGGAUAACACCCAAAGCUUUUGUGUUCAGAAACUAUGGUCAUUUUCCUGGAAACAACUCUCAUUAUUUGGGAGGCUGUCAGUAUAAAAUGUGGCAGGCCAUUAGAGCCUCAUCUGCUGCUCCAGGCUACUUUGCAGAAUAUGCAUUGGGAAAUGAUCUUCAUCAAGAUGGAGGUUUGCUUCUGAAUAACCCUUCGGCUUUAGCUAUGCAUGAGUGUAAAUGUCUUUGGCCAGAUGUCCCGUUAGAGUGCAUAGUAUCCCUGGGCACCGGACGUUAUGAGAGUGAUGUGAGAAACACGGUAACACACACAAGCCUGAAAACCAAACUUUCUAAUGUUAUCAACAGUGCUACAGAUACAGAAGAAGUCCAUAUAAUGCUUGAUGGCCUGUUACCUCCUGACACCUAUUUUAGAUUCAAUCCUGUAAUGUGUGAAAACAUACCUCUAGAUGAAAGUCGAAAUGAAAAGCUGGAUCAGCUGCAGUUGGAAGGGUUGAAAUACAUAGAGAGAAAUGAACAAAAAAUGAAAAAAGUUGCAAAAAUAUUAAGUCAAGAAAAAACAACUCUGCAGAAAAUUAAUGAUUGGAUAAAAUUAAAAACUGAUAUGUAUGAAGGCCUUCCAUUCUUUUCAAAAUUGUGAUGAGUAUCUGCAUAUGGUCUCAUAAAUAAAGCCCUGUUCAGAAGAUCCACCACUUUCAAUAAGGAAUUGUGGGAUUCGACAUGAGUUAACUUUGAAAUACUUAUGAAUUCUGGAGAAUCCUGAAAAAGAUGGUGCUUCGACCAGCUUGCACAGCAUAGAGAAUAUUCUUGGUUACAGAAUUCAUGUGGGAACUAGGCUUUUAAGAUGUUAAUAAUUAACUAAGCUUUAGUAACCUUACUGUGCUAGUUGGUUUUAGUAGAUAUGGGUGUUACAUUGUUUGAUGUUUGAAAAUUUAUUAAUAUAUAUGCCGAACAAGAAACCGAAAGCUAUAUUGUACUUUGUGUUUUUACUUUAGUCCUCAUAAUCAUGUUAAAUUUAUGUGAUCAUUGAUUUUAUUUCAUAUGGAAAAGCUAAUUUCUUCUUAAAUUUACGUUACCUAAUCUCACUAGCUACGUUCUCCAAUCCACACUGCCUUUAUUGUAAUAUCGUCUAAAUAGAUGCAGAAAAUGGAAUUUUCUCUAUUAAAGUAUUUUACAUUUGAAAUAUGAAAGAACCAGAUACAGUUUUCUAUUCAAAUAUGUUUAUUUUAACAUUGGUUAAAAAAAGUGAAGUUCCAGUCAACCACUUUUUAACCCCUAAAAUUUCAAGAUAAUGCUGUAUUAACUUUUCCAGAUCUAACACUAGCUUAUUCUUCCCUGUUAUAAAAUGGUUUGAACUUACUGAGAAAAUAUUCCUAUCAUUAACAAAAAUAAACUAUUUAA